UCCAUCUUGUGAUUCCACUUCAAUCAUAUCACAAAGUCAUUGGAUUCAACGGUGAUGCUUCCAACUUUCUCCCCAUACAUCCUCAUCGACUAAGUGGUCCCACUUCUUCAAACAUUGAAAAAUCCGCCCCCAAUCGCCGUACUACAUUUUUUUGCAGAUCAUAACGCCACCAAACCCUUGUAUGUGUCCCUAGUCCCACACAUAUAUGUUACUGUAUAUUACACAUAUAUUGUUAUAUAAAUAUACACCCUAGUAUUGGAUCCAUUUUCAUCGGUAUACUAGUUCUCUCUUCUAUCUUCCUCAAACUGUAUCACAUUCAUUAGACCAUAAUGGGCAAAAUCAAGAUUGGAAUCAAUGGAUUUGGAAGGAUUGGUCGUUUGGUGGCGAGGGUUGCUCUCCAGAGUGAUGAUGUUGAACUCGUCGCUGUUAAUGAUCCAUUCAUAACCACUGAUUACAUGACCUACAUGUUUAAAUACGACAGUGUUCAUGGCCAAUGGAAAAAACAUGAGAUUAAGGUUAAGGAUUCUAAAACCCUUCUCUUUGGUGAGAAAGCUGUUACAGUCUUUGGUGUGAGGAACCCCGAGGAGAUCCCAUGGGGUGAGGCUGGAGCUGAAUAUGUCAUUGAAUCCACAGGAGUUUUUACUGAUAAGGACAAAGCUGCUGCUCACUUGAAGGGUGGUGCUAAGAAGGUUAUAAUUUCUGCUCCAAGCAAGGACGCUCCCAUGUUUGUUAUGGGUGUCAACGAGAAGGAAUAUAAGCCAGAUAUUAACAUAGUCUCGAAUGCUAGUUGCACUACCAAUUGUCUCGCUCCAUUGGCAAAGGUUCUCAAUGAUCGAUUUGGCAUUGUUGAGGGUCUUAUGACCACUGUCCACUCUAUUACUGCCACACAAAAGACUGUUGAUGGUCCAUCCAUGAAGGACUGGAGAGGUGGAAGAGCGGCUUCUUUCAACAUCAUUCCUAGCAGUACUGGCGCUGCCAAGGCUGUGGGGAAAGUUCUGCCCGCAUUGAACGGAAAGCUGACUGGGAUGGCUUUCCGUGUUCCCACUGUUGAUGUCUCAGUGGUGGAUCUCACUGCAAGGCUUGAGAAGAAGGCCUCUUAUGAUGAGAUCAAAGCUGCUAUCAAGGAGGAGUCAGAGGGUAAAUUGAAGGGAAUUCUUGGUUACACUGAGGAUGAUGUAGUCUCAACCGACUUUGUUGGUGAUAGCAGGUCAAGCAUCUUUGAUGCCAAGGCUGGUAUUGCUUUGAAUGAUAACUUUGUGAAGGUUGUCUCCUGGUAUGACAAUGAAUGGGGUUACAGUAACCGUGUGGUUGACUUGGCACGUCACAUGGCCUCUACUAAAUAAGCUGUUUUUGUGCCAAUCAAAUGCUGCGGAUCAUCAUCGUCUCUUAGGCUUUAGUAUGCUGUUUGGAAUAAUUUUGUGUUGGAAUGAUACCAUUUGAGACUGGUUUAUAAAAGCAUGAGGUUUUUGAGCCUUUGUUUGUUCAUGCAAAUCGGGAUUCUGUUAUGCCUUGUACUUUUGGUGUUAAGCCAACCUUGAGGUCAUUUGAGUAAUAAUCUAUCUUUUUAGUUGUUCCCCCCUCGUUA